AGUGGUCCAGAAUACUCAGGUUAGCUCUUUUUUCUCUCUUUCCUCUCUAGAGUAGUGAAUAUUUCAAAUCGCACGCGUGUGUGGCUCUUCCUCUUACUGUCAUGGUGUGUACAUGCUAGUUUGGUGGAGUCCUAGUCAGUCGAGUGGUGGGCGAUCAAUAGCUACUGACAAGCCAGUCAGUUCUCCGAACUUCAAUACGCAGAAGAAAGAUGUACGAGAUUGAGGAGGUGCGCAAGGAAGAGGUGGAAUUGGAUGAGGAUGAAGCUUUCCUACCAAUAGCCCACUUCCACAAGGCUCCAGGCAACACCUUUGGGACUCCAUUUGUCAUUGUGGUGAAGAAUGGAGAGAGACUCAGCAGUGUGAUUGAAAAGAUACAGUCCAGACUCAGCGUGCCUGAGAAGGAAUUUGACAAGUGGAAGUUUGCUAUAGUUCAGGCAAUACAAGUCCUCAAGUAUUACUCGGAAGAAGAGGAUGAUCCUAUACUAUUUUCCCAUUUCUUUCUAAACCCCAGUAGAGGUAUUACAUUUCCACGGAUGGGGACACCUUGGUUUGGACUAGAACACAGUCAAUAAGAACCCCAAGAGAAUGAGAUACACGGUAGAAAAAGCGAUAAAGAUCCACAACUAGUCCACGGGCUUUUCUCUCAUCUUUUUGUACACUGUUGUAUGUAUAAACUGAAGCACUCACUUGUCCUUCACUUCAUCUGCAAUGUAUAAUUAUUAUACUAUACUUCUUGAUUUCACGUAACGAUAA